AUGGCGACGCGUUUGACUACCCUCCGGUCGUUGAUGGCGAGUCAUCCGACUGCGCUGUCUGCCUAUAUUGUACCGACCGCGGAUCCACAUAAUUCGGAAUACAUUGCCUCCGUCGACGCCCGACGCGAAUGGCUGAGCGGGUUCACCGGUUCAGCUGGAACAGCUGUGGUCACCAAAAAUAAAGCUCUGGUCUGGACGGACGGUCGUUAUUACACGCAGUUUGAAGAAGAGGUUGACUUGAGUCUGUGGUCUUUGAUGAAGCAAUCCUUACCCGACACGCCAACUAUAGAAAAAUGGCUGAGUACGAAUCUGGAGGCAGGUUCUGUAGUCGGAUACGAUCCCCACACGAUGAGCAGAGAAGCGGAAAGCCCCUUACAGGUAGCGUUAAAAAAAGCAAAAAUCCAGUUACUAGCAGUUUCCAACAAUCUAGUUGAUGAAGCGAGAAUAGAAUUGAAAGAUCCCCCAACAGAGAGACCGCACAACGAUAUUCUAUAUCUGCCUCUUAAUUAUACAGGAAAAGCGUCUGGAAAGAAAAUCGAAGAGCUACGAGAGAAAAUGUCCGAGAAGAAGGCUUCUGCUCUCAUCGUUACGGCGUUAGACGAGAUUGCUUAUGUCCUCAACCUCCGAGGAAGUGACAUACCAUACAAUCCUGUGUUCUUCUCCUACCUCGUUAUAACGCCUAGCAAAGUGCUAUUAUUCUGGCAUGAUGGAAAAAUCCCAGAACACAUUUUGAAGAACGUGGAAGAAGAGGGCGUCGUGUUAUCAGGGUUGCCGUACGAGAAAGUUUUGCCGACUUUGGAGAAAAUGGCGAGGGAAUUAUCUGAGAGCGGUGAUGGUGAUCACUACAUCUGGUUGUCGAGUGAAGCAAGCGAAGCAGUGCACAGGGCAGCUGCCGGGGAGACCGUCUUGCAGAAACCAUUGAAUUUGAUAUCUGAAGUAUCCCCCAUCGCACUUAUGAAGUUGGUUAAGAACGACGUCGAGAUGAAGGGCUUCCGUCAAUGCCACAUCCGGGAUGGCAUAGCUGUGGUCCGUUUCUUCAAAUGGCUGCACGAUCAGAUCAAUUCUGGUGCCAAUAUCACUGAGCUACAAGCGGCAGAUAGGCUCUUGAAGUUUAGAGAGUAUGUGUCAAAAUGGACCCUAUCUUGGAUGAAAAAGGACUUCAUGGGCCCGUCCUUCGAGACGAUUCCGGGGGCGGGGGAGCAUGGGGCCAUAAUACAUUAUAGUCCCAGUUCUGAUGGACCCCAGCGGGAGAUAAGGAACAAUGACAUGUUCCUAUUGGACUCUGGUGGUCAAUAUCGGGAUGGCACAACAGACAUAACUAGAACUCGGCACAUGGGGUCCCCAACAGCGGAACAGAUAAACGCGUUCACUCGCGUACUCAAGGGCCAGAUGGCUUUGGGAAGCGCGCUAUUCCCCAAAGGCGUCAAGGGUAAUGUCCUGGACACCCUUGCGCGCAAAGCGCUCUGGGACGUGGGCCUAGACUACGCCCACGGCACGGGGCACGGCGUGGGCCACUUCCUCAAUGUUCACGAGGGUCCUUCCGGGGUGUCGUGGAGGCCGUACCCCCAUGACCCGGGUCUAAAGGCGGGUCAGGUGUUGAGCAAUGAACCAGGGUAUUACAAAGUCGGUGAAUACGGCAUACGGCACGAAGACUUGGUGGAGAUCAUCGAUGUGAACAAGAAUACCGAUCACGUCAGGGCAUCGAACCUUCUAGACGAUUAUAACGGCCGCGGAGUUCUGGGCUUUUCCACUCUGACAAUGGCACCGCACCACCGAAAGUGUAUCAAUGUGGAGUUGCUUGAUGAUUUCGAGCUUGCGUACCUAAACACGUACCACGCUAAGGUGCUCGACACUUUGGGACCGAUUCUGCAAGGACGCGGUCUGCUAGAGGACUAUCAGUGGCUCGCGAAAGAAUGUCAGCCCAUCAAUAGGCAAUAA